ACACUUCCUCUCAAAACAGUUUCCCCUCUUGAUUAAAUGGCUACCCAAAGUUAUCCCUUUAGGUAAAUAUUAUUGUUAUGAGUAAGGAGGAGAUUUUUAUUAUUUUUGCAACUCAUCGAUAUUUCGUAUUAUAACAAAUGACACGAAGGCGGCGUUUGUUGUCUUGCAGUGAACUCUGUAACGCUACAGUGAUGGCUGUACGUCGCUAAAUAUACAGCUACCAGCACGUUAGCAACGGAUAACACCUACCUUAGCAACUGCAUGUCUCCUGUAUUGUGAAGGGCUAUCAGCGCAUACAAACAAUUGUAUUACCGGAUUGACCGGUAGGUCACAGCAAGGAUCAGAUCCGCAAUGAGGCUGAAAACAUCGCUGCUAAAGGAACCAAAACAUAAGGAGCUUGUGAGUUGCAUUGGUUGGACAACAGCAGACGAGCUGUACUCUUGCAGUGAAGAUCAUCAGAUCCUCAAGUGGAACCUACUCACCAAUGAAACCAGCCUGGUGGUCCGACUGCCGGACGACAUUUAUCCUGUCGACCUACACUGGUUCCCAAAAAAUGUCGGUGCCAAGAAGCAGACACAAGCUGAGAUUUAUGUCCUUACCAGUACCGAUGGAAAGUUUCACCUGGUCUCCAAAAUGGGGCGCAUAGAGAAGAGUGUGGAAGCGCAUAAAGGGGCUGUUUUGGCUGGAAGGUGGAACUACGAUGGGACGGCUCUACUCACAGCGGGUGAAGAUGGACAGAUCAAGAUCUGGUCAAAAAGUGGAAUGCUCCGUUCAACAUUACUGAGUCAAGGGUCUCCUGUUUAUUCUGUUGCUUGGAGUCCGGACUCUGACAGAAUCCUCUACACAUCAGGAAGGCAGCUAAUCAUAAAACCUCUACAACCAAGUGCUAAAGUCAUUCAGUGGAAGGCUCAUGAUGGACUUGUUCUUAAAGUGGACUGGAAUUCAGUCAAUGACCUCAUCCUAUCAGGUGGAGAAGACUGUAAAUAUAAGGUUUGGGACAGCUUCGGACGUCUGCUUCACACAUCGUCCUCUCAGGACUACCCCAUCACCUCUUUGUCCUGGACCCCAGAUGGCGAGGUGUUUGCCGUGGGCUCCUUCAACACCCUGCGGCUUUGUGACAAGACUGGUUGGUCCUAUGCGCUGGAGAAACCCAACACAGGCAGUGUGUUCAGCCUGGCCUGGUCUGCGGAUGGCACCCAGCUGGCCGGAGCCUGUGGAAACGGACAUGUCAUCUUUGCCCAUGUGGUGGAGCAGCACUGGGAGUGGAAGAACUUUGUCAUCACUCUUACCAAAAGGAGAACCAUGCAGGUUAGGAAUGUCCAGAACGAUGCAGUAGAUGUGUUGGAGUUUAGAGACCGCGUCAUCAAAGCCUCUAUGGCAUUUGACCACCUGGUUGUUGCCACUUCCCUUCAGUGCUACAUCUACAACUCCAGGAACUGGAAUACUCCCAUUAUCUUUGAUCUGAAGGAAGGAACGAUCAGCCUCAUCCUACAGGCUGAAAAACAUUUUUUACUUGUGGAAGGAUCGGGAUUGUGUACCUUCUCUUAUGAGGGUCGGUUAAUAUCAUCCCCCAAGUUUCCGGGUUUGAGGGCAGACAUCCUAAAUGCCCAGACUGCCUCACUUAGCAAUGACACAAUCGCUGUGCGUGAUAGGACUGAUGAAAAAGUUAUCCUUUUCUUUGACGCCAUGACUGGAAAACCCAUUGGUGAUGGGAAACCCUUGACCCAUAAGCUGGAGGUGUCAGAGCUAGCUUUGGACCAGUGCGGCCCAUCCACAGAGAGGAAAAUCGCACUGAUUGACAAGAACCGUGACCUGUACUUGACCUUCGUGCAUCAUCUUGGAAAGGAUCCCAAAAUCUGCAAAAUCGGCAGCAUGGUGCACAGCAUGGCGUGGAACAAUACUGCUAACAUCUUAUGUGGAAUCCAGGAUGAUCAGUUUACAGUGUGGUACUAUCCAAGUGUCGUCUUCACUGAUAAGGAACUGCUUCCAAAAACUAUUUACACAAAGGAUGGCAGCGAGUUUGGUCGUGCACCCCACAUUCUGAGCUACGUUGGAGCCAAGGCGACGCUGCGCCGAGGGGACGGUUCAUUGGUGUACAGCAACGUACCCCUUUAUCCUGCUCUCCUGCAUGAGUACUGCACCUCCGCACGCUGGGAGGAUGCACUGCGUCUCUGCCGAUUCGCCAAAGACGAGGCUUUGUGGGCGUGUCUUGCAGGUUUGGCAAUGGCAAACAGAGACCUAGCCACAGCAGAAAUAGCCUAUGCUGCCAUUAGAGAGUUACCGAGGGUGCAGUACAUCAACUUUAUUAAAAAGCAGCCAUCAAAGGACUCAGCACUGGCCCACAUGCUGAUGUUCAGUGGUCAUUUCCAGGAAGCUGAAGCAACUCUCCUUCAAGCUGGUCUUAUCUACCAAGCUAUACAAUUGAACAUUGACCUUUUCAACUGGAACAGGGCUCUGGAGCUGGCAGUCAAACAUAAGACCCAUGUGGACACUGUGCUGGCCUAUAGGCAGAAGUUCUUGCAGAAGUUUGGCAGGAGGGAAACCAACAAGAGAUUCCUGGAGUACUCUGAAGCUGUUGAAGUGGAUUGGGAUAAAAUCCAGGCAAAGAUUGAGAUGGAGUUGGUGAAAGAGCGAGAGAAAGCCGCAAAUCCCAGCGUAAAGAGCAACGUGGUGCUACGUCAUUAAUGUUAAGGACAUUUAGGUGGUGGUUGUUUAUUUUUUUUAUCCACCUCAAGGUGGCACGAGACUGUUACCUAACACAUGAAGAGGAAGAAACUGUGGCUCCCUAUACAUUUACCUUUGUUACACAGCAAAUCCACCUGGAGGGAUUAUAGCUGUGGUCUCUUCAGACUAAAGGGCAGGGCUGAGGUAAAGUCUCUAUGUUCAUGUUUGUUGAGGUGAAACAUUAAAGGCUAUCCAUGCAACUGGU